AUGGAAUAUAGUAGGAGGAAGAAAUUAAAAUUGAACGAAUAUUCUUAUAAAGUCGUUCAUCAUAAAAGUAGCAAAGAAGUAGAAGAAAAAAGUUCUCAUGCUGAUUCUAAUAAGAAAUAUAAUAUUGUGGACAAUGAUAAGAAUAAGAAAAUUGGAUUUUAUGAAAAACUUUCAAAAAUAUAUAGCAACUUAAAUAUAUUCAGAAAAUCAAAUGAAGAGAAGGAAAGAGAGGAUAUUAAAAUAAGGAAAAAAAAAAAAAAAACUGAAAUAAAAAUGAAGGAUAUUAAAAAAACAAAUGUAAAGGGAGGUAUAGAAGGAUAUACAAUGAAUGGCAUAACAAGUAAUAUAUCAUGUGGUAAAUCAAAUAAUAUACCAUGUAAUUUAUCACAUUUUUUGAAAGAAGAAGAAUGUGAUAUAAUUAAACAGAGGAAGAAAAGAACAUUUGAAGAUAUUUCAAAAGAUGAUAAUUAUGUAAGUAAAAAUAAGAAUGAAGAUAUAGAUAAUUAUAGAAGUCCAUUUGAAUAUCAAUCGUUAUUGAAAUCUUUAUUAUAUAUUUAUAAUUUUUAUACUAGUAAGAAAGAUAAUUCUUUUAUAUAUAAUGAUAAUGAGAAUUGUAAAAAUUAUAUAUCUAAUAUUAUGUGUUAUAAAGAUGAUGAAGUAUUUAAUAAUAAUAUGUAUGAAGAUGAGAAUGAAUAUUAUUAUAACGAUGAAGGGUAUAAGAAGAAUAUAUAUAAAUCUAAUGAUUUAUUUAAUUAUAAAAUAAAAGAAAGUGAAUCCGAAUAUAAUCAUUUUAAUAAGAUUUUUAUUAAUGUAGUAAAUGACAAAUCAGGAUUUUUCUUUAUUUUUAAUACUAUAUAUUUUACACAUUUAAAAAAUUUUUAUUAUUUUGUUGACAUAUUGAAUAUUUUAAAUUAUAUAGGAAAAAAUAAAAGUAUAAUAAAUAGCGAUGAAAUAAAUAAAGAUAUAUGUAUAUAUGAAAAAAUGGCUAUGUUUAUAGAAUAUACAUAUGAUAUAUUUGUUUCUCAUAAUAAAAGAGCUUCAUCAAAUGAUAACAUAAGUAAUAAUAAUAAUAUUAAUUCAUAUAAUAAUAAUAAUAAUAAUAAUACAAAUUGUAGUAAUACUGGUUUACAUUUAGUACAUACAAAAUUAUUGCCAUGUCUCAAAAAAGAAGAACAUAAAGAAACCCAAAUUGAGUAUAUAAGAAAAGAAUUAGAAUUAUUAAGAAGUAAAAAAUCAUAUGAAGAACUUUUAUUUAUAUCUAUGAAUGAAUGUAAUAAAAAAAUAUAUAAUGAAAUUAAUAAAAUCCCUGAACUAUUUUUUGAUAUGUCUGAAAUAAGUGAUUAUACACCUAAUGAUAUAAUAAUAUCUAAUGAUAUAAAUAAAUAUACAUCCUAUCCUUUAUUUAAUAAUAUGGAUGAUAAUUUAUUAAAUGAUAAUAAACAAAUGAAGACACAUAUUGGAAUAUAUGAUAAAUUAAAAAAUAAACUUAGUUCAUUUACUUCUUCAAGGUUGGAAGGUAAAAAAAAAAAUUCUAUAGGUAAUAAUAAUAGUAAUAGAAUAUUUGUUUUUAAAAGUAAUAGCACAGAGAAUGAAUAUAAAAAAGAAGAAAAUGAAAUGUCUUCUUUUAAUAUUCAAACAGAUAAUUUAUUAAAAACAAAUGAGGAUAAUACCCAUAUAAGUAAUAAUGAACAUGAUGAUGUAAUGUUUGUUGGAAAUGAUACUAUUCCAAGUAAUCAUAAUAAAAAUAAAAAGAAGGAAAGCAUAAAAGAUUUUGUAUUUAACUUAUUCAAACAAAGGAAAGUUAAGAAUGAUGAUAAUGAGAUGUCAGGAAGGAAUGAUCACUAUAGAAUAGAAGAAAUUAAUAAUAUCAACAAUGACAUGCAUAAUGAUAUACACAAAGAUAUAUAUAAUGAUAAUAAUUAUCCUAUGAAUGAAAAUCAAAUGAACAAACAUUUAGCUGAUGAGCAAAAAAUAGAUGUACUUACGAAUGAAUCAAUAAUAUUAAAUCUUAACAAUGAAGAAAAUACAAAUAAAGAUAAUUUUCUUGUGGAUGAUAAUAAUAAAAUUAAUGAUAGUAGUGAAGAUAAUGAAAAGGAAGUAGAUGAAAAUAAAAGCUUUUUUAAAUGUGAUAAUGAACCAGCCCUAGAACAUGAAACAACAAAGGAACACAAUGAUUUAAGUCAUGAUGAGUUGAUAAAUAAUUCAGAUGAAUUGUCAGACGAGAUAUCGGAUGAUAUAUCGAAUGACGUGUCGGAUGAUGUGUCGGAUAAUAUAUCAGAUAAUGUGUCGGAUGAUGUGUCGGAUGAUAUAUCAGAUAAUGUGUCAGAUAAUAUAUCAGAUAAUGUGUCAGAUAAUAUAUCAGAUAAUGUAUCAGAUAAUGUGUCAGAUUAUAUACAAAAGGAAACAUUAAAGGAUCCACAAAAAGAUAUAGUAUCACAACAUGAUUCUGAAAACAAAUCAAAUGACCAGUCUAAUAACAUAUCAAAGGAAGAAGAAGCAAUGACAAUUAAUGAUAGUGUCUCAAACGCAAAAACAGAAGAAUCAAAUGUUAUAGAAAAUGAAAAUUUAUUAAAUCAAGUAAACAAAAAAGAUAAUCUAUUAGGCAUUUAUGAAAAGGAACAACAAAAUGAUGAUGAUGAAAUUAAUGAGGACAUAAUGGAGAAUGAAAAGGAAAAUGUGGAGGUGGAAAAAAAUGAAAAUGUUGAAGUGGAAGAAAAAAAAAAUGUUGAGGUGGAUGAGAAAGAAAAUAUGGAGGUGGAAGAAAAAAAAAAUGUUGAGGUGGAAGAAAAAAAAAAUGUUGAAGUGGAAGAAAAAAAAAAUGUUGAGGUGGAAGAAAAAAAAAAUGUUGAGGUGGAAGAAAAAAAAAAUGUUGAGGUGGAAGAAAAAAAAAAUGUUGAGAUGGAAGAAAAAGAAGAUAUUGAGGUGGAAGAAAAAAAAAAUGUUGAAGUUGAAGAAAAAAAAAAUGUUGAGGUGCAAGAUCAAAAUGAAGGGUUAAAAGAAAAUGAAAUUAUUAAAUUAGAUGAAGAAGAAAGUAACAAAUCAGAUGAAAAAGAAAGUGUCAAAUCAGAUGAAAAAGAAAGUGUCAAAUCAGGUGAAGAAGAAAGUAUCAAAUCAGAUGACGAACAAAGUAUCAAAUCAGAUGACGAACAAAGUAUCAUAUCAGAUGAAAAAGAAAGUAUCAUAUCAGAUGAAGAAGAAAGUGUCAAAUUAGAUGACGAUCAAAGUAUCAUAUCAGAUGAAGAUCAAACUAUCAAAUCAGAUGACGAUCAAACUAUCAAAUCAGAUGACGAUCAAAGUGUCAAAUUAGAUGACGACCAAAGUUUUAUAUCAGAUGAAGAUAAUCAAUCAGAAAAUAGCAUAGAAUACGAAUCCGAUGAAAGUGAAGAUAACAAAUCCGAUAAGAGUCAUAAAAAAAAAAGAAAGCACAGUGAAACAUUAAAUGAAACCUUAAAUGACACAUUAAAUGAAACAUAUGUUGUAGAAGAAAAUAUCGAACAACACACAUGUGAUAAUACAUGUAUAGAAUCAUGUAAAACAAGAAAUUGUAAUAGAAUAAAUGACGAAGAAAUUAUUAAUUUUUUAAAAAGUAAUGAUAAAAAUGUAUAUAGGAAAUAUUUAAAGAAUUUAUUGGUUUGUGAUAAAAAAUGUUCCAUAGAGAAUCAUAGUGAAGAGAAAGAUUUAUUUUUAAAAAGAGUACAAAAAUUAUGUUCAUUAAUAAAAAAUAAAAAAUUUAAUUAUAAGUAUACAGAUUAUUGGAAAAAUAAAGUACACUUUAAAUGUUGUAAAUUACAAAGGGCAUAUAAUAUUUUUAUAGUAAUAAUAUUUUCUAUAGUAAAAGAAAUAAAAAAUCUAACAAAAGAAUUAAAUGAAAUGAAUAAUUUCAUUUUUAUAAAUUCUGGAAUCGAAACUUAUUUAAAUGAAUGUAAUAUAUCUCUAGUUCAAAAAAGGAAAGAACAUAAUGAUAUAAUUAAUAAUUAUUUUAAUGAAAAUAAUAUAAUAAAUAGUUUCUUUUUUAAAAAAAAUUUUUGUAAAGAAGAAGAAGAAGAAGAAAAAAAAAAAAAAAAAAAAAAAAAAUAUAUAUCUUAUGUACCAUUACAUAAUUAUAAAAUAUUAUUUUUAUGCUUACAAGAUAUAUUUAAUGAUAAAAAUAAUCAUGACAAAUUAGAAAAAAUAUCUUAUUAUAUAGAAUUUGAUGAUACUAAUAUAUUACCAAAUUAUUGUAAUUCUUUUUAUAAAAACUUUAAAAUAAAUGAAAUGUAUUUAUAUCAUAUUCAAAGUUUAUAUAAUGAUAGUGUUCCAACAAUAACAUGUUUAAAUAUGCUUAUAUCAUGUAUGAAUUAUAAUUAUAGUAAGAUACAUAAAAAGAAAUCACUUUUUAAAUAUGAAUUAAAUAAUACACAUUUAUCAACACUUCCAUAUGUAUACUGUUGUGAUAUACAAUUAAUAAAAUAUUUUGAAUUCUUAAAAUUAAAAGAAACAUGUUAUAAAAUAAUUAAAAAUAAUAAAAUAUAUGAUAAUUUUCUAACUCAUUUAUCCUCUUAUAUAUUUGAUGAUUCUUAUUUCAUUAUACCAUUUUUUACAUCAUAUGGAAAAUUUUUGAUUAUAAUUAAAACAAACAAAAAUAUUGAUAAUUUACAACAAUCAAUGGAUAACCUCAAAAAUAAAAACUCUAUCACAUAUGAUGUUAUCAUAAACAGUUUUGUAUUUCCGAAUGAUAGCAGUUUUCAAGCUAUUAUUCAUUUCUCUCACAUUUUUAUAAACACCUUGAAAAAUGUAUUCAAAACAAGAAAUUCGGAUGAAGAUAUUCCAGAUAUAACCUUUGAAAACUUAUUAAACGUGGACAAGAAGAGGCUAAUAUAUCAUGAAAUAGAAUCUAGUAAGAACAAACGUGAUAUUAUUAUCAACAUGAUUUUCCUAAUAGAAUCCUUUUUCAAUAAUACUGAAAAAACCAGAAUUCCUAAAGAAUUUGACGAAGGGUUAAGGUUCUUGUAUGUUAUAAGGUUGCUUGAAUUUUUUCACCAUAAGAAAGAUCAUCAAUGUUAG